AUGAGACUAUCCCCCUACCCACCGCUGCCUUGUGUUGCAGUUUCUGGCUGUCCUCCUGGUUGGACUCAGUUUGGCUCUCGCUGCUUCAUUUUCUUCCGCAUUGCAAGGGCUUGGACUGAUGCAGAGCGUACCUGCAUUUCGGCUGGUGGGAAUCUGGCCUCGAUCCACAGUGCUGAUGAAAACAGCUUCCUCAGAAACCUGAUUGUAAGAGUGACUGGCCAUCCUUUUCAUACCUGGAUCGGGGGCUUCGAUGCAGUGAAAGAGGGAACGUGGAUGUGGACUGAUGGCUCAAGGUUUGACUACAGGCGCUGGAGUGUCGGGCAACCAGACAACCAUGGAGGAGUAGAAAACUGUAUAGAGAUGAACUGGGGAGGUACAAAUAUCUUUUCUUCACUUCCUGAUGUUGAUUUUUAUUGUGGAGAAAUAAUGACGCCUGAAAAUAUUUUUUGAACAAUACAGUGUGCUGUAUGGUCAUGUGUUGCCUCUGUUGGUAUAUUAGUAGGUAUACUCAAAGCAUUCUUAAGAUUUGUCUGAUAAGCUUUAGAAAAUGUACACAUAUGGACAUUUAGAUGUAAUCUUAUCCAUUGAUUUAGUUUGAAAAAAACUAAACUCUGUAAAACAUUUAUAAUGGCUUUUCUUUGUUUGUCAAUCUCUCCCUACAGGAAGCUUUUGGAACGAUGGCAGGUGUUUCUGGACAAGACCUUUUGUUUGUGCCAAGGAUCUGUGAUACAUCCUACCAUGUGCCACCAUGCCUGCCUUGAUGAGGAAUUCACUUCCUCUUUAAUGUCAGGCUCUACUGACAGUCAAAGUAAAAUCAAAUACUUCCAGAUCAGUAAACAAUAGAAAUUGUGUGAUUAUUAAUUCUGAUUUUUGAUUAUUUGAUAACAUUGAGUUAAUGGAUUUAGAGGAAAAGCUGCUUCACUAAGAUGGUUUAAUGGGAUUUUUUUGUCUGUAUAGUCAUAUACACAUCCAGGCUAAUAUAAGAAACUGAAAGAAGAAUAUCUACUAUUAUUCCACUGACAAAAACAAUACUCUGAAACAGCUUGUGCCUGUCAUACAAACUAAUAUUGUAGAAAAAAAGUUCUCUUUCUCAUUUUACUUAAGUUAAUGUUGACAAAACAGUAAGCGGACAUGAGGCGUUUAGAGCUUCCAUCAGCACAGAGACCCUUCUACUAAGACCGAAGGAGACGCACCAUGAAAGUCGAUAUUUAUUAAAACUCACAACUCAAGUAAAAACAGUGCAGAUGACAUGAGUUUGAACUUAAUUGCAAUAUUGUGGAAGCCUUGCUGUACAUACUAGAUCACAUGUAUGUCUUCAAACUGUGUGCUUUGUUUAACAGCCGACUGGUUUGUUUCUCUUGUAAAAUGUCCCAAAGCUGUAUUUUCUUUUUUGUUUUUACCAAUUUUAACUUUUGAAAUUUUGUAAUCAACCAACCAAUCAGAUACACAUAAACCAUGUUCUUCAUUGAAAGCAUAUUUUUGUCUGGUCUUGAUUUCUUGGCUUUGUUCACAUUUGAAGUAUUUCUUAAAUAGUUAAAGAUAAAUGACGUAUAUUUUAAAGACAAGAGAAGAGAGACACAGAGUCAGAAUUCUAAAUGUUUGACUCAGACCAACACACCAAAACCAGCCACGUUUACUAUUUCUAUGUGUGUUAAACUUGAAUCAAAAAUAUUGGUGUUAUUCCUGUCCUUUAGAAGGGGAUAAAUACCAUAGAUUUAUAUAAUCAGGUAAACUACAAAAUUACACAUUAAUCCUACAUAGCUUGAAAACACCACAAAUUGUGGCUUUACAGUACAUGUGCCGAGCAGAUUCAAGAUAUUAAUACAGAUUUACUGUAGAUCUGUGAUGGAAGAAGUAUUCAGAUCCUUUACUUCAGUAAAAGUACCAAUACAGCAAUGUAAAAAUAUUCCAUUAA